ACAAUUUGCAUUAUCCCCCCCAAUCCCUCUAUGCCCCAAAAUAUAGCGUGACAGUAUAACGUGAAGUAAUUUGACGUAACUGGAAAUUCCAAAAAUUGUUGUCGUUCUACGAGUAUAAUGAGCCGAUUUACACUAGACAGAAAUAUUGUUUUGUAUGGAAACCAGAAGUAUACUAAAACAGACAGUUAACUGCCCAUUGAUCCCACCUGAUCCAGGGGCCUCACUGACUGCACGGAGACUUUACUGCGCUUUUCACAAACAUGCGAACUCUAAAGUUCAAAAGCCACCUUCACAAUUGUGUUUAUCGCUGCCGUCAAUCAUAAUUACGAUCACAAGCAACGAACCUUGAAACAGAGAAACACACAAAACGGAUCGAAAUUCACAAAUCACAAACCAUGACCUUUUGAACCCGUGAAGUAAAGUUUUGUUUCCUAAGAGGUCCGUUAAGAUGAUUGACAGCAGCGAAAAACGUAAUCGUCGGUUGGCUUCUGAACUUCAGAAUUCCCAUGUUUGUGAAAAGUGCGAUCCUAAUUUGCGGUCCACAGUCUACAAGAAAACGCACUAUUUUUUCCACAAGAAGAAAAAUAUUCUGUUUUAAGAUUUUCCUCAUGGUAUUUUUCUCUAACUUAAAGGAAUAAAAUCCUUUGCAUUUUGAGACCCAAAAAAGUUUAAAGAUUUCUCGCUCGCAUGUUGCGUUCACCAGCACGCACUUCAAACAAUGUAAAUAGAUGAAACGAUCGAUAACAUAUUUUUUACCUGAUACCGAUGCGAGUUAAAAAUUCGCUCCAGUUCUGUUUGUCUCACCCAAGACGAACUUUUCUUCAUGGAAGAUAACUAUGCCGCUUUAUAACUCGUCCGAAGUUUUUGUGCCAGCUAAACAAUAUGGAAACACUAUUCACAGUGACUCCUUGGAUGUUAAAAAGACUGAACGUGACGCACUAUUAUGCCUUUGUUUACUUCUGAUCACAUCUUCAAGCGAAGUCUCUCUUUCAGCGGCAAUUUUCGGGAAAAUAUCUGUUCGGAAGACGAUUUUAGAUCUAGAAUUUUCGGAGCAUUUGUUGUAAAAUUUCUUGCUUGCCUGCCUCUCCUAGGAUUUUCGAACAUCUACAAAAUGGUAUAAUUACCCAUUUUUAACGGAUUUUGACCCUAAAAAAGGCCACCUAGAAUUUUCGGGAGCCUUUUCCUGGCUGAAAUUUUCGAGAAGGUAAGUUUUUAUCCCUAUAAUUUUCGGAUCACUAGACUUUCAGCUAGGAAAUCCGAACAGAUGAAAAGUUUUUAGGGGAUAAAAAUAUGCCUAUAUCUACCGUUUGAAUACUAAAAUACGUUCAACAAUGCUAUGUUAAGUGGUUUUGAACUAUAUCCUCGUUGGGUGCCCCUGCUCUUUUCAAGCGAUUCAUCUCAAUGCACAAUAAUUGACCCUUAUAUUAGUUAAAACCCUAUGGUUCAUUUAUGUUAAUGCUGUUUUUGCCCCUCACAUUGACUGUGUUCGUUCGUAUUCAAAACACCUUUACGAAAAUAAAGGUCGUAUAAGUCAUGUGUGUUAGGUUUCGAGAUAAAUGGAUCAUACGCUUUUUUAAGUUUCCAUUUUGCGGUGACUUCAGUUAACAUCUUCAUAAAAUGGUAAAAGAAAUAUCAAGAAACAUCACGAGUGCUGAAAACUUUCAAAGGCAAGUUUCUGAAACUCGCUAAUGCUGACAUUAAUAUAGCGUGCUUGCUGAAUGGGCGAAAACACAGAAUUGUGAUCACAAGAUCAUGUACAAAUUUAAUGAUAAAAGCUUAGCAAGAUACAAAUACAAACAAAAUCAAACCCCCUGAAACCUCGACGUGGGCUACACUUGUAUGCUCUACUUAGUCACCAAACCUUGUCAGUAAUAGCUCCUAUUUUCCUCAAGUCGCUCUCUGUUAAGCUCCCGGAUGGGAUGUCCCGGUGAAGCUUUAAACUUGUGUGCGAAAUUCUCAGAGUCCCUAUUUUUGUCCGUGUCUUCUUUAUCCUCAGUAUCCGAAAUUUAGACCUCCAAAGUGGCGUGUGUUGCAUUAAAUAGAAGGAAAUAUUAAAAGGAAAAGCCAGUCUUCUAACAUGGCAAAGUUGUCACGUCCCUCGCUCAUGGACGUGCGUAGUGGCAUUCAUCGGCAACUAAGUUGUUCGCUUCACUGACUACGAAGGCUUACAAUCAAGUCUUCAGCCAUAGUUUCGUCAACUGGUGAAAUACCUUGCUCAUAAAUUGUGCUUCUUAAUUGCUCAUGUACUUCAUCGAUCGAUAAUUCUCUCUGUGAGUUCACGAAGCGGCCACGGCGCAGCUGACGGCGUUCCAAACCUGACGCUCACAGUCAUCUUUUAGUGUGAACCUACCGUGAACAGCGUGUCGGUUUGAAUGCAACGCAAGCAUUUCUCUGAGUUUCCCAGCACCAACAUCAUCUAACUGACUUUAACUAGAACAAUAAAAAAAUUAUAGAGUGACUCCCAUGAUCGAAUCGCUUCGAACAACGCAAAUAGCCUUCUUCAGGUUCGCAACGCUUUGUGGGUUUCUCAGGAGGAGCGCAGACGAGGUUCAAAAAGUAUCCGUGCAGGGGGGGGUACUUUAGGAAUUUCUGGGUGGGGAUGUGCCGCUGGGACCCUGGAACCCUUAACCUAUACCAGAGCUAGUUCAGCUGAAUUUUGCUACCCUAUACUAGAGUAAACUCCCCAAAUCCCCCUAUCCUAGAGUAGCUGUUUACCUACUCUAGAUAAAAUCUUCAACCAAAUGAUCAGUUUCCUGAAAAAUGAUACCCUAUUCUAGACAUUCUAGACCCAAACGCUCUGAUUUAUAUACCCUAUCCUAGAGUAAACUGCUUUAAAACCAUACCCUUCACAGCGGCACAUACCUAUAUAGCCCAUAUAUGGCAGUACCCCCCCCCCCCCGGGAAGGCUCCGUGCAAGAGAAAAUCAUAUGAAACCAUUUGUGAGAACAUCGUUUCUCGGUACCAGACCCUCGUGUCUUCCCUCCCCCGGGAGGCCGUUUUUCGCCGCAGACGACCGAAAGCCCAUUUUAUGACUAGGCGCACAGGCAGCCCAGUAACAAGUUAUUAACUGAAGCCAAUAAGGCUCCAUAUUCACUAAGAAAUCAGCGACACUUUGCACUCCCAAAGUUGAAGACGGAACGUUUUAAGAACCGUUUUGUUUUGUCAUCGUGCCUAAAGUACGAUUAAAUCAUUCGGAGUUAAUUCUUUUGUACAUUAUAUGGAUUAAUUUUUGAUAUUGAUAUAUUUAACAAUUAUUCUUUGAAAUGGAGGUGAAUGUAGGCUGAAUAUUUACCGAGACGCGAACCCGGCGGCGAGUUAAAUAUUCCUGACGCCACUAUUCACCGAGAGUGAAGAGAACAAUUUUUUUAGUAUAUACACAUGAAGUGAUCUCAACAAAAUCAGAGAGGAAACUCUUAAAAAGCACGAUUUGAUUGACGGAUCAAAACAGGCGAAAGAUUAAAAAUAGAUCUUUGCAGAAUUUUCAAACAUGGCAAUUCACAAGUUUAUCACUUCGCAAACAACAGCGUAAUGGCUUAAAUGGAACCGUUAAGAGUUUGAAUUGUUUCCUUAACUGAGAUGAAAAGUAGAGAGCUUCGUUGUUUUCUGUUGACUCGCCAAGUUUAUAGCCAAUGAGGUUUGUUGUGUCGUUCUUCGCAAGAAUUGCUGACAAAAAUGGCUGCUUGGUUGCUCGAGGUAAGACGUCGUCUUCCUUUAGCAUUCUUUCUCCUAUUUACUUGAAACGUAGAAUUUCUGCAAACAGUUACUUUCAAAUUUGUUUGUCAUAAAUAAACUUCGAUUUUUGGGCCAAAUUUUUCUUGUUAGGAAACGCUGAGUUCACGAAACGGCCUCUUCUACGAGAAUAAACGGGAGUUGUAAACAAUUCAUCGAGCCCAAAAAUCAGUUACAGUACAUGGAAAAACGCCGUUUUGAAUCCUUUUCUUGCCUUAAAAAAAAGUCAGCCCUGGGAUUUUGUCGACUUUUAAAAGAUAUUUUUCUUAAAAACUGGGAAAAACAUCGAGCUCACACAUUAUCCACUCUCUAGGAGGUGAAUAUUGUUGAAUAGUCCGAGACAGCGAACCAAUCAGAUUGCUUAAAUCACAGAGAUCACUGAGUGUGUUUAUACUAAUGUAAAUUAUUCUAUUUUGAGCCUAUUUUUUUUUUUGUAAAUAGACAAUUCAGCCUCUGGCUGCCCAUUAUUAUUUACUUUAAUAAACUAUCUAUCUAGUAAACUAUCUUAAUCUAUUAACCAGUGUGCCCAGUGACUCAUGAAGACUCCCCCCAUCCCUCGCCCAGCUACCCCCGGUUCCUCCGGCGUUUGGAUGUCAAAAACAGCAACGUUAUAUAGCUGAUUAAAAAAAAAAAGGAAGCACCAGCUAUUUUCUUCUGCAAAAGAUGAAGAGGAGAGUAUACCAACUAGAAUUCAGUAAUGAAGGAAAAAUAAGUUUUCUUCAUUUUUCUCUUAUUAUAUUUUUUCUUCAUUUAAUAGCAAGUGUUUGCACAGGGAGCCCACACAAUCUGUUUGGGUAGCCGAUUGUUAUUUUAUAGUAAAUGUACUGGAUUUACCGUUUGCUUCACCUAUAGCGAUAUAUCGCUAACUAUGUAUAUAAAUCAAUGAUAAAUAAACGUUGAAUUACCUUACCUGUGGUAUAUAGUCGUCCUUUUACCUGAAAAGCGGUUUUUCGAGCGAUUUUAAAUGAAUUUGAGUUCGCCGUUGACUGUUCCAUAUAAUAUAGGAACAGUCAACGGCGAACUCAAAUGUGGUGUUUGUGCUUUUAUUUGUGCAAUUGAACUAAAUUUCAACUUCUUUUAUAAUAUAAUUUUGUUCUACCGUUUGUUCUUUAUCAGGAGAAAGAUUACACGCAUGACCUUGAUAAUCAGCGUCAUUUACAUCCUUACUUGGAUCUCAAACAGCGUCAUCUUUCUUCUACUUCGGUUCACUGACCACGUCACACCCAACUCGCCAGUUGAUCAGCUUGGAAUUCUGCUUGUCACUUUUAACUCGUGCGUCAACCCCAUCGUGUACACAUUACACAGCACACCUUUUAGACAACGCAUAAGGAGCAUGCUGUUGUGUAAGCCACGUUUUUCGAGAAACGCUAUUGCUCCGGUGGCGUACGCCACCACCCACCAGCGUGUAGAACAAGACGUGGAUGUUACAUCAUACGAUAACGAAGAUUUUGUAGAAAAUGGGAUUGAACGCGAUUCUCAAUUGGAAAGGAGUCGUCAGAGCGUUUCAAACGAGUCAACUUCAAGUUGUAGACAGAAUUAG